AUGGUUCAUGCGGUCUCAAUACUCGAAAUAUUAGGAAAGGCCUGGUUUUGCCCUAGUUUAAUAGUUGAUUUUCCAAUGGUUGGCUUAUCUGUUGUUAUUCUUGGCCAAUUUAGUAGAACUUUGGCUAUGUACACUGCCAAAGAAUCAUUCAAUCAUUACAUUCAGCGGGAGCAUAUGAAUAAGCAUAAAUUGGUAACUUGGGGUAUAUAUGAAUAUUCAAGACAUCCCAGUUAUUUUGGGUUUUUCUGGUGGUUUGUUGGAACUCAAUUAUGGUUAGGAAAUCUAGUUGUGUUAGCAUUAGGAGUCUUUAAAUUAUGGAAUUUCUUUAAUAACAGAAUAGAGUUUGAAGAGAAGUUUCUAAUUAGCUUCUUCGGACAAGAUUACGCCAAUUACAAAACCAAGGUGAAAACAGGAAUUCCAUUCAUUAGGUAA